CUCAAAGAAGCGAUGUCCGCUUGGGGCUUGGUGGAAGAAAGACUUGUGUGCAUCACAACGGACAACGCAGCUAAUAUGAUUAGGGCAGCAUCUGUGAAUAACUGGCCGAGGCUACACUGCUUUGGUCACAGACUUCAUUUAGCCAUCGAGAAUGCCAUGAAGGAUCCAAGAAUUGACCGGGCUGUGGGGCUCUGUAAAAAGUUGGUGAGCUCCUUCUCUUACAGCUGGAAGCGUAAAAGAGAGUUUUUAGCUGCACAAAAGGAGAUGAAACUCCCAGAGCACUCAUUGAAAACAGAGUGUCCAACAAGGUGGGGAUCACGUCAGGCCAUGAUAGAGAGAAUCAUCGAGCAGCAAAAGGCCAUUGCACAUGUCCUGUCCUCUGACAAGAAGUCUCGUCAUCUUAUCCCAACAUGGCAGGACAUGGAUGUACUAGAGGCAAUCAACAAAUCCUUGCACCCUCUAGUUAAUUUUACAGAUGCACUGUCUGGCGAGAAGUACGUCAGCGUGUCAUUUGUUAAGCCAGUUCUUCAUCUUUUCAACGCAUCAAUCUUGAAAGUUAAGGAUGAUGAUACUGACCUGUCAAGAGCAAUCAAGUCUAAAAUUUUGGAGUACCUAAACGAAAAAUACAGUGACCCUGACAUCCAAGCUCUACUGGACAUGGCAUCUACGGUGGAUCCACGAUUUAAGAUGAGAUACACAGCUGAGGACAACAAAACAACAAUUCAAUCCAGACUCAAAGCUGAGAUGCAGACUUUGGCAAUGAUGGUGCCACCCCAAGAAACAGCACAAGAGACCAGCGAGGAGGAUGCUGAAGCUGGAUGUGCCCCAAAGAAAAAGAUGACUUUAGGAAGCUACUUUAAAACUGCUGAACAAGCCUUGCCACCUAACAACCAGAAAUCCAGUGUAGCCUGUGAGCUGGAAUCUUACUUGCAGUCAAGCUACCUGGAUAGUGAGGGGGACCCAUUAAAAUGGUGGAAAGAACAUGAAAAGAUCUACCCAAGGCUUUCAAAAGUGGCAAAAAAAUACUUGUGCAUACCAGCCACAAGCUCUCCUUCAGAGAGGGCUUUUAGUUCCGGUGGAAAUGUAGUUACUUGCUUGCGGUCUUCCCUAAAGCCCGAUCAAGUUGACAGGCUUGUGGUCUUAGCCAAAAAUCUGUAACAUGUUGUAAAAACUUUUUAUUCUUAUUUGAUUUUAUUACAAGUUGAUGUAAAAGAGGCAGUUUAAUUUUAUUUAUUUACCACAGCUAAGAAAAACUCUCCAUUCUAAACAUGUUCGGUUUGUUUAUUUUUCUUUAUUUGUGGCUGUAAAGUGCAAUAAGAAUACACAAGUGAAUAAAAGUUCAUUACCAAAGGAAUAAUCGUCAUUAUUAAUCGUGAUAAAAAUUUUGAGCAAAAUAAUCGUGAUAAUCAUUUUUUCUGUUAUCGUGCAGCCCUAU